AUGUUCGCCGAAAGACUCACUUAUUCAAGUGGCUUGUUCCACCACCAGCCACGUUCGCGACGAGAACAUCUUCACAGUACUUUGCAAGUUUUUUCAUUUGGCCAGUCACCUGUUCGGCGAGCUCUCGGGUCGGGACGAGGAUCAUUGCACGG